UUCAGUUACAGAAAGUUCUGAGUAGUUUCCAGGAAAUCAUACUCCCCCCAGAACAAGGUGUCAUUCAGCUGCUAUUUCCUUUAACAGGAAGUUAAUCUACUUUCACUUUGGGGUUAUAAAUUCUGAUCAUAACCAGCUGCACAGACAUCACCCUGAGCACUUGUCUCAGCUGGGAGUCCAUUUGGUAAGCAAAUAUAACACUUCAUAAUUUUCUACACUACACGUUUAUUUUUGUCCUCAUUUUGUUGUCAGCUAUAAACAUUUGAUUUUACUGUUCCAUCUACAAGGUUUAAUGGGUGUUUUACAGAACAUACACGUCUGUGUUGUUUGCAAGAAAAGAGAAGAAAUAAAAAUAUGAGAUUUUGUAUUGGAGACAUUGGAGGUUAUUUGCCUACAUAUUUUUUAAAAUAUAUUUUUCUUAGCUUGUUCAGGAACCUGGUCUGAUAAUGAAAUUAUAUUAUGGUAAUUACUGGUGGGGAGGGGAAGAUCCCACCUCCCACAUUGUCCAGUUCCCAAAGCUGUGCAAUCUGUCUCCGAUGGGGUCUACUACUGUGUCUGUUUUCAGUGGAAUUUCACGAUUAGAAGUAUUCUAUAUGAAGAGUACUAUAUGAAGAGUAGUAUUGCCUCAGCAGUGAUCCAGGUGCAUUCCUCUGUAUGGUACCCCUCCCAGUGUAUAGGAACAGCAUGCAUAAACCCUGUCCUUUAGAGUCGAGUAGUAUUAUGAGGUAUGUUGGUCUGCUGUCUAUUUAAUCCAUUUUUUAAGUAUAUUUAUGUAGUUCUUUUAACAAUGGACAUUUUCACAAAGCAGUUUUACAGAAAUCCAGAUAUAGAUUUAAAUUCCCCUAAUGAGGAAAACAGCUGACAUUAGGAAGAAAUCUUUAGAGGAACCAGACUCAAAAGGGAACCCAUCCUCUUCUGGGUGACACCAUAUAGUGAGAUUAUAAGUCAUUACCCAUCCACAGGUUUGUACUGUGGAGAUAAGCAGUGUUAAGUGUGAGAGGAUCUUGAGUAUGAGCCUCAGAGUCAUUUCUGAUUUCUUUAGAGUUUUAACUUUAAGUGUGAAUUGUGUAUGGGGGACGGGGGUAAAAUAAAAUAGUAGUAUUUUAUAAUCAAUGCAACAUUUUGGUCAAAUCUUCUGGUUCUAGUAAGGACUCUGUUUGCUGCAUUCUGGACUAAUCAGAGCUUUUUUCUCCACCUGCUGGAACAUCCAGACAGCAAGGCAUUACAAUAAUCCAAACUAAAGGUAUUUCUGAAAAUCUGUAAUUACCAACAAACCAACGGUGAAGAAACACAGAUGAAAUAAAAGACUGUGGCUCAGGAUCCACACAAAUGGAGUUAAAGCAGCUCAAAGAUGAUCUUUGUGAAUUUUUGAAAACACUGGGACUUGAAAAGUACUACCCAAACAAGCUGACUCAGAGGUCUUUGCUGGAGAUCAACAGUGCCAGUGUAUCUAAUGAAGAGGUUCACUCACUACAAGCCUUACCAUGGGCUUUCCUACGCAAGUUACUGAUGGUUAAUUCAAAUUCAAGAUCUUUAUGUGUACCUGGUGAAAAUAAUAAAACAGAUGACUUGUUUGCUGAGCGGAGCUUUGACGCUACCCCAAAUCUUCUAGAUCUCCACACUGCCCUCUUUGUCUGUGCAGACAGUUUCCUUCAGCAAGAAAUGGCACUUAAAAUGUCAAUGUGCCAGUUUGCAGUACCAUUUCUGUUACCUCAGGGAGUACAUAAUAAAAGCACUCUUAUAUUGUGGGCUCUUAGAAGUAUCCUGAAAGAAUGGCGUCCACAUUCAAUGUCAGAAUCUAAAGGGUUUGUUGAGGACAGUGUUGUUCAUGCAAAAAUUCCCUUGAUAUCGUUUGUGAGGCUAAGCAACUGCAGUUUGUCCAAGUCACAGAUUUUGAACCAAGUGCUCAACAAGUCACAGCAGCACCAUGACUUAUUUUCACAUCGAGAAAGUAUUGGAGGAUCUGCUCAAAGGGUAAUCAGUAAUGGGAUGGUUGAAAUCUGCUGGAGUCUGCCAUGUGGAAAUGAUAGCAUCGAUGUAUUUCCUGAACCAGUGGCUAUUGCUAAUUUAAGAGGAGAUGUUUGCACAUUUGAAACACAAUUCAGUUUCCUUACUCAGGUGUCAACAGCUGUCUUUGUGUUCCUAGACAGUGUUGACAAAAAUGAGCAAAGGUUGUUUGCCUCUUUACAAGGAAUGAAAACCAAUAUCUUUCUUGUGGUUAAUGCUCAGAAAAAUAUGAGCCAGAAUGUGAAGUCAUCUAUCAAAGCAGCAGUUGAUACUCUGAAAUUGGAAAUAGAUCGCACCAUUGUGAAAAACCAAAGAGUGAAUUUGGCUACUUUCUCAAGCAUGAUCAGUUCUGCCAUUAACAAAGUGCUAAGUGAGAAUCACAGAUCAUCAAUCACAGAAAUUGAGAGUAUGAAGAGAAUUGCUCAGGAAUUAGGUCUUUGCAUUGAUGAAUGUGAAAACAGAGCCUGUGGAUCAGCAGAGGAAAGAGCAGAGAAAAUUAUGAAAAGUAUUGGAGUUCGUCAAAUAGUGGAAUAUAAAAAGACACGGCUGCCACUGCAAGGUGAAAAUUGGAAAAGACUGGCUCAGAUAGAAAAAGAGCAAUGCCGAUUACAACAACCAGGAGGGUUGACUUUGGAGGGGUAUAAGGCCCAACUUCAAAAAGACAAAGAUGAAAUUUGGAAGAAACAAAGCAACUAUAAAGUGACAGAAACAAUGGGCAUCUUAAUAAAGGCACUAUCAACCUCUGAUGACAUUGAGCGAGCCUUUUUUCUCAGAUGGCUGGGACUAAAGCUGGACAUUCGAUCACGCAAAGACAUGUCAAACCUUCGGAAAGAAUAUACAAAGUGUGAACAACAGAAAGACAGAGAUGCUAUAGUUCGAUUAGACCAGGAGCUUCUUGAUUGUUCUCUUGGAAUAGAGCACUACAUGAGGGAAAUGGGACAAAUCUAUGAGGUUGCUUCAUUUGGUUCAAAUAAAAUGUCUGACAGAAUUAGCAGUCUCCCUACUCUGGCUGCCAAAAUGCUUCUAGCUGGGUUCCCUCUUGAACUACUUGAUGGAGAUGCAUCAAAUAUCCCAGAGAAAUGGGUGAGUGAUGUUCUCAUGGAGCUUCACAGGAUGGUUGGGCAGAAGAGCCGUUUGCUGGUUAUCACUGUGUUAGGGGUUCAGAGUACGGGUAAAUCAACACUACUCAACACUAUGUUUGGAGUUCAGUUUGCAGUGGGCAGUGGACGAUGCACACGUGGAGCAUUCAUGAUUUUCCUUCCUGUGGGUAAAGACUUGAAGGAGGAGUUACUUUGUGACUUUGUCCUUCUGAUUGAUACAGAGGGUUUGAAAUCACCAGCACUGGCACAACUGGAUGACAGUUAUGAACAUGACAAUGAAUUGGCCACAUUUGUGAUUGGUCUUAGUGAUGUAACCAUCAUCAAUGUAGCAAUGGAGAAUUCCACAGAGAUGAAGGACAUCUUGCAGAUAGCAGUUCAUGCUUUUUUACGGAUGAAGGAAGUUGGUAAAAAAACAGUCUGCCACUUUGUCCACCAAAAUGUUGCUGGUGUAUCUGCAUAUGACAAAAACAUGACAGACCGAAAAAAGCUCCUGGACCAAUUAAAUGAGAUGACAGUGAUUGCAGCUGAAAUGGAAAAGCAGCCUAAUGUGAAGAAAUUCACAGAUGUCUUGGAUUAUGAUGUGGAAACGAACAACUGGUAUAUACCAGGCCUAUGGCAUGGAACACCACCAAUGGCACCAGUUAAUACAGGCUACAGCGUGGCUGUGUUGGAUUUUAAGAAAAACCUCUUGGAGAUGCUUAAAGUGAGAAAAGAUGAAGAGCCCUCUCAGAUCCCAGAGUUCCUGCAGUGGAUUAGUAGCUUGUGGAGGGCAGUGAAGUUUGAGAACUUUAUAUUUAGUUUCAGAAACACUCUUGUGGCCCAUGCUUAUGACAACCUUUGCAGAGUGUUUUCUGAAUGGGAGUGGACUUUCAGAAGACAUAUCCUCGCUUUGUUUGCUAGUGCAGAAGUUCAAAUAUCUAACGCUGAAAGCAGCAGUAUUGAUGAGGUUGUUGAGGCACUUCAAAAUAAUUCACAUAAGGAAAUUGCAGUUCAAACAAAAGAAAUUACUGAGAAAUUGAAAGUCUACUACAAAAAGAAAGAUUGUAAUGUGCAUUUAGUGGAAAAGUACAAAGCUGAUUUUAGCAAUAGUAUUAAAUCUCUGGAGACUGAAAUGAAGCAUGAAGUGAGAAAGAAAUUAGAAGCUGCUGCUGAGAAGAGGAGAAACACGGAGAAAGUAGAAGAGAUACAAAAUAAUCAAGCUGCUAUGAUUGAGUGUAAAGUUCGGCAGUUACUGCAGAAUUACAAAGAUCGUAAUGAUGCAGUGUCUGAUGAUGACCUCAGAGCUGAUUUUGAGAGAAUGUGGAAUAGAGAAGUGGCAAACAUCACUGGUCUAAAAGAAAAGGAUGUUCCUGCUGAUGUUUUGAAGCAACUGCGAGCAAGUUUAGGAAAUCGCCAAGUCAUGGAGGAUUUGCAGAACGUUAAGAGUUUGUCACAAUAUGGGCGAGAAGAUUUCAAGGCCAAGACAAGACAUUUAAACUUGGGGAAAAAAAAUGAAAAAGCAAUAAAUAUUAUUAUGCAAAAAAGUCUAAAACAAGACCUACAGAUUGUUGCAGUUGAUGCCAUUAACAGUUGUAGAAGGAUGAUUGAACAGUUCACACAAUCCAAAAGUGAUUACCAAGAGACAUUUACAAAAGAUGUGCUUGAUAAAAUUGAUGAACACCUCAAAAAAGCAGGCUCCAAAUUCAAUACCAAAUUUGAAUUUGACCUGAAAUUGCACAUUUGUGGCAUUGCCUCUCGGAAAUUCCUUGAUAUGCACAGGAAGUAUAUCACUGAGCAAGAUCCAUUAAAUCAUGUACAGAAAUUUAAGAGGCAGUAUCUCUCUGAUUUCAUUGAUUUGUACAGAAAGAGGGACCAGUGCCAGAGGAAAGCACAAGACUUCACUCAGCUCUGUCUCAAACCAGCAGUGACUGAGUACAUCGACCAGUCCCUCGGACCUGACAUUGUUGAUGCAGUUUUGGAGUAUAAGUCUACUGAGUAUAGUUCACGAACGCUGUUUCAGUACACCAUCCUGAAGGAACUACUGAAAAAAUCCAACUUCAGUGACUUUGUAGAGUAUACUUUGCAUUAUGAGAAUUAUGUCAAAGACUGGAUAUACAAUCACAUCAUUAAAUGUUUCUCCAGAGACAUUUCUUUGCAAGAAUUAAAAAUGAAGAAGCUGGACAGAGUAGUUAAAAAGAUCACUAACGCAAUAGAAGCAUCUAAGCUGGAAGCCAAUGGGUCUCCUUUGCCCAAUAAUGCAGAAGGUACUACAGUUUUGAUCAAGAACCUUUGCAAAGCUUUGAGUGAUGUCAUCUCAAUAUCCAUGAGUACAGUGGAGAGGGUCCUGUUUCAGAACACAAGUUGUUGUGAACCAUUCACCAAAUGUCUCUAUGAAUGUAUUGAGGACCUGAAACAACAAAUAGCAAAGGAGAUCUCAGAGUCCACUGAUACCACUGAGACCCUGAACAAUGUGCCUGUAAAACCCCAAGAUGAGCUUUUCAAGAGGGUGUUUGGUUGUGGAGUGCAGUGUCCAUUUUGCAAAACACCAUGUGAGGCAGGUGGGAAGGAACAUCAGCUACACCAUGCAGCUGUGCACAGACCAAAAGGACUUGGCACCUACAGAUUCUUAAAGACCAAUAUCCUUUGUGAAGAGAUUUGUACAUCUAGUGUUCAUGGCAAUGGGAUGUUUCGAAACCAUGAAACAAAUUACCAACCUCAUCCGUACAAAGACUACCGGAAAUAUUACCCAGAUUGGCAUAUUGCACCUGACAUGUCUAUAGAGGCCUCAGAUUACUGGAAGUAUGUGCUGGUGACAUUCAAUAAGCAAUUUGCUGAACGGUAUAAAGCAUUGCCAGCUGUGUAUCCAGAUGCGUGGAAUGGAAUCACUAAAGAUCAGGCUUUUAUUAGUCUGAAGCAGAUGUUUAAUGUUCAAUAAUGGAUGACCUGCAAAAUAUAUAUUACCAUUUGUGAAGUGGACAACUCCAUCACUCACAGUUCCAUCACUAAUGUUAUCACUCAGGUGAAUCAGGAACUGGAGCGCUAAUUAUGUCUGACAAUUGAACAUCUACUGACUUACUAUUAUCUAAAUAUAGAAUCAAUUUUACUAAAAGUUAUUUUCAUAUUUUAUGAAAUAUGAAAUUUUUAAAUGGAUUUAAAUGGUUUCUUUUAAACAUUAUAUCUGUAUGUCUACAAUGAUAAGCAAUUUUUAAAAGUGUAGUUAGGAUUGUUAUAACAUUUUGGUGAUUGGAUUAUUUCUGUGUUUGUGAUGUUAAUUCAAAUGUUACAAUUAUGUUUAAUAAUCACUUGGUUACAAUUGUUACAAAUCAUUGUUAGAAAUGUUACAGUUAUGUUUAUUAAUUACUUUCUGAAAUUCAAAUGAAUGCAUUAUUCAGAACAUAUUGUAUGAAUGUAUGAGUAUAUUCAUAAACUGAAUAAACAAUUCAUACCAUAAAUAUAUCAAUCUGUCAAUCCAAAUUGGUUGCAAGGACAAAUUUUAUUGCAGUAUGAAUUACAAAUAAACGAAUACAUAAUACAAUAAACUAAUAAUUUCUCAUAUUCAUUCAAUUUAACACUUCUACAAUCAUACAUACAUAUGAACCAUUGCACUGAAUGGGUGCCAUUUCUGUCCACAGGGCCUUAUAUAUACAAAUAUGCAUGAAAAUUAACUUAAAAAAACAUCUUAUCAAGCAAGUUUAGUGGUUAGCACGCUCGCCUCACACCUCCAGGGUCGGGGGUUUGAUUCCCACCGUGGCCCUGUGUUUGUGGAGUUUGCAUGUUCUCCCUGUACUGUGGGGGUUUCCUCCGGGUACUCCGGUUUCCUCCCCCAGUCCAAAGACAUGCAUGGUAGACUGAUUGGCAUGUCCAAAGUGUCCGUAGUGUAUGAAUGGGUGUGUGAGUGUAUAUGUGAUUGUGCCCUGCGAUGGAUUGGCAUCCUGUCCAGGGUGUACCCUGCCUUGUGCCCCAUGCUCCCUGGGAUAGGCUCCAGGUUCCCCUGUGACCCUGAAAAGGAUAAGCGGUAUAGAAGAUGGAUGGAUGGAUGGAUAAAAACUACCUAGAACGCUGAUAAAAUUUGUUACCUGUCCACACUCUCUCACACUACACUUUACUAUUAAAUAUAAUGAUUAAAAUCCUUCAGAAAUGUUUUUUUUUGCAUUGUUGUGUUCAUAUCUCAUCUACAGUUUAAAUAUUUUUUUCAUAAGAAAUCGAUAAUAUUUUAAUUAAAAUACACAUUUUAGUCUUGUCCCUGGGAUUUAACUCAGUCCUGUUACCUUAAAACACC